AUGAUCAAGGAGGUCUUUUCAGACAAACGUUCAAGUUGUGGUGUCUACUUUUUCCCAACGACGCCACCCAUCACACACUCGUUCAUAUUAUGUACAAUCCGCAACGAUAAGACAGUCGAUGAUCUGAAAGAAGCGAUCAAACCCAAGGAUUGUCACCCUGGUAAACACUACAACGCUACCAAGCUCCUUCUCUAUAAAUUAAACAAGUCCCUGCCCAUUGCCCCUGCCAAAGAUCUUUCUCGACGAAUUAAAAACAAGGGAGAUAUCAAACGCUUUACUGUUCUGUUGGAGAACCCUACUCAUCAGUUGCGGGACGUCUCCGAAGGCGACGUUGACGAUAUGAGGCUUCACUUUCUCGUGAAGCUUCCACUUGGUGCGUUUAUAGCAUUUGUCACAGACUACAAAUCAAUCAACAUUAGCUGCUUCUUUCAUCCAAAAGAAGAGGAUGCAAGCCUUCACCCUUCGGCUUUGAACAACGAGGAAUACAACUUCUACACGCAAGCUUUGGUCGACAUCGCCGGCAUCCGGGAGGUUGAAGACGAUGAAUACUACGAGAGAGUUGUUGUAGGCAUUCGAGAAGUCAGGGCUUGGCUCCUAGGACGAUUCCCUCACGUUCCAUCACCCCAGAUCGAUACGAUCCUCAACUACUUCUCCCCGACCAUGGAUCGAGGCGAUACCUUGUCUGGCGGCCAAUUUUUUGCUGCCUUAAGAUUGGUAAGAUACGCAGGGCAGGGGCAGGGAAAGUGGGUUGACCGAGCCCUCGUCUUCGUUCAGCCCCAUAUGACCCCUGCUAAACCGCAAUCCCGACAUGAAACAGAUCAACCGCUUGCAAUAAUUUCAGAUCAGAAACAUCCGAAGGCUGAAGCUAUCCUGAACUGCCCUCCUCGAGGGAUUGGUGCAUGGCUGAUGGAAAUUCAUUCAAAGAUCUGGGAUCGAAAAGACCAACAACAGAAACUGUUCCACACCGUCAGACUUGAGUUCACGGAUUAUGAAAGAUUAGAAAAGCUUCUUGCAGGGCUUCGUUCGGGUCGCCGGGAGGCAAUAUGUUCAGCUGACACUGAUAUCUUACGUGUCAAACUCGCGUUUCUCCAGUCUAUCCCCUCGGUCACCUCCGACCCUCUUGAUGAGGAGAAAGUCGGGGAUAGUCAUGAUUCUUAUGAUGAACCCCGCGCCUUUUUCCCGUUAACACUCGAAUACUUGGAUCUAUCAAGUUUGGGACUCCAGGUUUCGGUUUCGCAUCCCCGAAUGCCAGACCCACUUCUCAUCCGGCAAGAAUACCACGCCCUCUCUGAUCUGUUGGGCGAACUGGCAAUGGAACGCGCCGGUUCCGCUAUCAUUACCGGCCAACCAGGCAUAGGCAAAACUGCAUACAUUUACCUCAGAAUGGUCGAAUACAUGAUCGCAGGCAUCCCAUUUUUAUUUCAAACCAUGGAGGGCGCUGUGUAUCUGGUUCAAGAAUCCAUCACAGUAGUUAACUCCUGGUCGGGUGGACACAUUGUCGCCUUCUGUGAUGCAGAUGGGCUUUCGUGUCGACCAUCACAGUUUAUACUUGAAAAUCACAAUAUUCAGAUUAUAGCCGCGUGUCCGCCAGAUGUGCUUAAAAAAUGGAUGGACGAGAUGGAUGGAAUGUUGCAUGUCAAGAAAUAUGUAACAACAUUGUGGUCGCCUCAGGAGCUUUUCUCUGCCGGAAUAUUUUUUCAUCCCAAGGACCUCGUCUAUUCACACCUUGAGGAAUCAACGACUUACUUUGGUCUCAAUCCCCUCAAUUAUUUUUUUGCUAGCGCCAGUCCUGAGAAUCUGGUUCAACGCACGGAGCUCAUUCGGAAAUCAGUCCACAUCCCGCGCUUAGAACGUGAUGUGUUCCGGAGGUUGUGCCGCCUGACCUAUCCAUAUGCGCCGUUUUUCGACUUGAUAUUCCAUCUGUUUCCGAAAAAUGGUAUACGCCUAUACUGGCACGAGGCCGAGGUAGCGGCGGUUUCCCCGUGGGCUUUGGAUGUCUUGCUCAAUGUGUACGAAGGUCGACAGGCAGGGAUUACCUUCCAAUUCUACAAAUGGGUCGUCACAUAUCCUUAUGUGGCGGCUCCAGUCCAGGAUCAGAUAUUCAAGAGGCAGGUAUUGAGGUACUUUGGUAGUCUCGAUGAAGCAGAGCAGUUCACUGUCCGCUCCCUGGCAGACUCUACCACCUCCCAGUGGAUGUAUCCUGGCCCCACUGAGGUUUCCUCGCUCCAAUCAUCCACUGCUACCCGGUUGCUUCAUGAUGCCGUCGCGCACAAGAUGCCUGUAUACCUGGUUUCUCAAGAUCGGGAUUUCCCUUCAAUCCUCUAUACUCCUGGUGAAGGUUUGGCUGGUAUUCAAUUCACUACCCGAACAGAGCAUCCUGUGGCCGUCGUUGGUCUUGAACGAGUGAAAGCGUGGCUCCAACGAAGUGCUACACUUUUGGACCUCCAACCUUCAAUUUUGGGCGACCACUGGCGACUCAUAUUUGUGGUGCCGGACGACAUAGCUUCGGGGUUUAUGACACAGCCUUUUAUAGGUGAUACCGGUACGCGAGAAUGGUCUCAGAAAGUUGACCAGUAUGUCCUUGGUGUAAAGGAGGAAACGAUAUGGGCAGCAUAA